AUGGUGGCCAGUCUACUCAUCAUUUCUUCACAGCAUCUGAUUAGUUGUCAACCUCCUGAAACUUUUAUCACCAAUUCCUCCAUUUCGUGGAUCAAUAGCCGCGCCCGCUCCUAUGUAGUGAAUUCCACAAAUGGAGCCACACUGACACCCAUCCUAUCUCGAGAAGGGAACGAGACUCUGUUUGUCUGUGGUUUCUUAUGUGAUUACAAUGGUACUGCUUGCGUUUUUGGCGUCCUUUUAUUCCCAAAGAUCAGUAACAAUAAUUCUUAUCUAUAUUACGCGAGAUUAGUUUGGUCAGCAAAUCGGAAUAAUCCAGUUAGAGAUAAUGCAACCUUGCAACUUAGGCAAGAUGGAGGUUUAUUCUUGAUGGACUCAGAUGGCACUUUGAUUUGGAGUACAAGCACAAGCACAAGAGGAAAGGUUGUUACGGGAUUCAAAUUGACAGUACUGGGAAAUAUUGUUCUCUUUGACAAAAGUAACGACAUCAUUUGGCAGUCUUUUGAUCAUCCUACAGACACUUUGGUUCCUGGACAAAUGACAAAUGCUGGACAAAAGCUGAGAUCCAGUGUAUCAGCAGCAAAUUGGAGUGAAGGUUUGUUCACAUUUGAAGUUCAACUAUUUGGCUUUUUAGCAUACAUUGAGUCAAAUCCACGUCAACUCUAUGUCUCAAGACUUGGUGGGGAUAAAGGUUCCCCGUUUUCUGGACUAAUCUUUGAUUCGAAAAUAAUUAUUUUCAACGGGACAUUAAUCCUAAAUUUUGCAUUUUCAAAUCCUAGAUUGAUGAGGUUUGGUGAUGAUGGGCAUUUAAGGGUGUAUCACUGGAGAGGAUCUUGGUUAGAGGAGGCUGAUCUAUUGACAGACUACAUUGGUGAGUGUGGGUAUCCAACCGUGUGUGGGAAUUACUCUGUUUGUGCAAAUGGGCAGUGCACUUGUCCUCAAACCGCGGUUGAUCAGACUAACUUUCUCCAGCAAAUAAAUUACAGGCAGCCAAACCAGGGGUGUGUCCUUAUAACACGUAUCUCUUGUGAACAUUCCCAAUAUCAUAUUUUGAUGGAGCUUAAGUACAUAGCUUAUAUUCCCCUCUAUUUGCAAUAUGGUACCAAUAAGACCACUUUUUUCAUCAAGGUGCAGAGCUCUUCUAACUUACAAGCCUCUCCAUCACUUGUCUCUUCAGAGAAGAAAUCAAAGCGUGUCUCAGCAAUUGUAGGAUCCACCAUCGGAGCUUCAUUUGGUUUGCUUCUCAUGGUUUUAACUUGCUUUGCCUAUAUUUUCAGAAGGAGAAAAGGGCUCGAGGAAGACGAGGAGGAGUUCCUUGAUCAAAUACCAGGAAUGCCUACUAGAUUUUCCUAUGAGGAACUCACUGUGAUGACUGAAAUUUUCAGUGAGAAACUUUGGGAAGGGGGAUUUGGUUCUGUAUUUGAAGGAACAAUGAGUGAUGGCACCAAAAUAGCGGUGAAGCGUCUGCAAGGUUUUGGUAAUGUGAAGAAAUCAUUCUUAGCUGAGGUAGCAACAAUCGGUAGCAUUCAGCAUGUCAAUUUGGUGCAACUUGUUGGAUUUUGUGCUGAGAAAUCACUUAGACUUCUGGUUUAUGAAUAUAUGGCCAAUGGCUGUUUAGAUAGGUGGAUUUUUCAUGGAAAGCAGGAACGAUCUCUCAAAUGGGAUAUCAGGAAAAAGAUCAUAUCAGACGUCGCCAAGGGCAUAGCUUACCUACAUGAAGACUGUAACAACAAAAUUAUUCAUUUGGAUAUUAAACCUCAGAACAUUCUUCUUGAUCAUAAUCUCAAUGCAAAAGUAUCAGAUUUUGGGUUAUCAAAGCUUGUGGGGAAAGAUGAAAGUAAGAUAGUUACAACAAUGAGAGGAACACCAGGCUAUUUAGCACCUGAAUGGUUACAUGAGGUCAUUACUGAGAAAGUGGAUGUUUAUAGCUUUGGGGUUGUGAUCUUGGAAAUCAUCUGUGGCUGGAAGAAUUUGGAUCGUCAUCAAGAUGAGGAUGAUAUGCAUUUGCUUAGUUUGUUCAUGAGAAAGGCAGAGGAGAGACAACUCUUGGAAAUGGUGGACAAGAAGAGCGAAGACAUGCAGCUACAUAGAAAGAUUGCAGCCUGGUGUUUACAAAGUGAUUAUACUAAGAGGCCUUCCAUGUCAUUGGUAGUUAAGGUGUUUCAGGGUUUAGUGGCUGCUGAAACCGACUUGGAUUACAGCUUCACAUUUCCAACAAUGACGAGAAGAGUUGCCGGAACUAAUCAAGAAAGGGAAUCUGUGGUUGGUAUCAGUUUUCCACUUCCAUCACAGUUGUCAGGACCUAGGUUAGAUAUACUCGAAAUACUUUCCGGGAUAGAGAGCUUGCUCGGAUUUCUGUCUAAGUUCCCUGUUCGCUGCUCAAAUCGGAACUUGCGUGGUAGAGGUUGUCACUUCCUUGCUCGUUACCGUCUCAGUUCCUGCCCUACGGAAGGGCAUUAUGUGGAUUUUCAAAUGGAAGGGGUUUUAUAUGAUUCUUCUAGUCUUUAUAGUGGUCUAGUAAGCGUGAUAACAUCGCAGCUUAUGAUAGAUACUAAUAUAAAUGAUUUAGAGAUAAAAUAUUUAGUAGAUGAUCGAUGCCCACCUGUUAGAAUACACAAUGAUGUUGGUGUGCGUGUUUUCUUAGAUCAAAAUAAAGUUAAUUUGGAUUUCUUUACUAAAUAUCCAUUGUGCAUAACAUUGAAGAAUAUAGCAAUGGAUAAUUCGCAUUCUCUAGUUAUUGUGAAUAGGAGAGUUUCUGAUGUUGCUAUAACAUCAACAAACUUUGAUUUAUAUUCCAACAACGCCAUCCGAUUAGUAGGAGUGAAUUUAGAUGAAGUUGUAGAUGAAAGUAUUGAUGAAGACAACGGAGUAAUCAGUGACGUUUCUAAUUUAUUUAUAGAUGAGAAUCAGGUUUACAAGGAUAAAGAACACUUAUGGAGGUGGCGUUUCUAA